AUGAAACACCUUAUUGCAUCUUCCUUCCUUGUGGUCUUCUUCCUAACCCCAUCUCUGGCCCUGAUGAACAUCAGUGACAGCCAUCCUCUGGAUGGCUCUGUUGGGACCCAAAGCAUCCAUGUCAAUGCCUUCCGAGGUAUGGUCAGCAUCCGAGACAACAAUGUUUUGAGUGAAUGGGACGGAAUCUUGGACUACAAGAAUGCCCUCUUGGCAGCUAAGCUGUUUAGCAAGAUGGCCUGUGUCCUGGCCAAGAUGGACCAAGCUGUCUUCCCAACUUUGGAUGACAUUAGCAAGGCCCUGGACCACCAGGCUUUAGAGCAUUAUCCAUCCACUCACGGCCUGACCUACACUGUUUUACCCAGCCGGGUUAAGAACUUGGCCCAGUAUGGAAUGCCCAUCAAGGACAUGUGUCGCAACGUCCCCACCUACUUUGCCCAGCAGCAAAAAGAAGGUACUGCCCUUGCAAUUGACCCCAAUUCCUGUUUCGAAGUCCAACUUCUGUCCUUUAUGGGACUCUCCAUCUGUGGUGACAUUGCUGGGCUCUGA